UGGUUUUCAUGCAAACUCGUCUAUAUGAAUCUUUUCAAUUCACGUGAAAUAACUCAUUUGGGAAUCGAUAUAUUUUGAACUUAUGAUGAUUAACAAUCGUGUUGGUCGAGCGUGAAACUUUCAAGAUCUACGAGUCAUGAUUGUUAUUCAAUAUUUUACCCAUUGAUUGACAAGUUAGCUGAUGAUUGUCUAAAUAGAGGCAGUUUAUCAGCGAGACGUGAAGAGUUUAUUUUACUUAGAUUUCAUACAAUUGAUCUUUAAUAAUUGAGCAAAAGUGCGGAGAAAACGUGACAGUGGCGAGCAUAAUUUUACGAAAAAUCUUCCUGGAUUAGUACUUAUCAACUAGUACUGAUACGCAUUAUCGCGAAACGGUCGAUUGAUCGAGUGUUUCUCUUGCUAGAUUUUUACAAAAAUUCACCCGCAUCAUACACGUAGCCGCGGUAUAAAAUCUCGCACAGUCGUAGUUUGAGGUUAGUCUGACUGAACGCGGUUGUCUUUCGCGCGCGUGUACAUAAUUUAUUUUCCAUUCACUAAACUCUUAUGAGCUGAUGUCACGCAUUACGCUAAUCAGACUGCGUUUAAAAUGACACUUCUCUGGAAAUUGCUGUCUAACCCUGGCAUCCUACGAAAAGCAGGAUGUCGCGGUAUCAGCGUGUCGCACAAGUUAUUCGACUCUUACCUGGCCACGCGGAUCAUCAAAGUGCCGAAGAAGAACCGUGCGGCCUUCAUUGGUUUAAGACAUCACGCAACCAACACCGUCAAAUCCGACGUCUCGACAUUCGUCACGCGUUCGGCUAAAAGGGCCAAAAAGACCUCGGAGCUGAGGAGUUUGAUUCUAUUAGCCGCGCCCGAGAAGUGGACCCUGAUGAAGGCCAUCGCAUUUUUACUGGUGUCGUCCAGUGUGACGAUGGCUGUGCCCUUUUGCUUCGGCAAAGUGAUAGAUGUUAUCAGCACUGCGAAGAAAGAAGAGAUGAAAGAGAAUCUUAGUCGACUAACGUUGGUUCUGCUUGUAGUAUUUCUCAUAGGUGGCCUGAGCAACUUUAGAAGAGUUUAUUUGAUGUCCACAGCAGGACACAGGAUUACACAAUCUCUGAGGAAACAAGCUUACGCUGCUAUUCUUCGGCAAGAGACAGCAAUGUUUGAUAAGGGGAGCACAGGGGAACUAGUUGGGAGAUUGAUUGGAGACACACAGCUUAUCAGCUCCGCCGUUACGUCCAACGUCUCGGACGGUCUACGUUCCGCCGUCAUGGCGGUAACAGGAGUGUCCAUGAUGUUCUACGUAUCGCCGUCGCUCGCUCUGCUCGGCUUAGCUAUAGUACCACCCGUGGUGGUCGUCGCGGCUGUUUGGGGACGCGUGUUGAAGAGAGUCUCCAAAGACUUGCAGAAUAGCUUCGCGGUGCUCAACACGACUGCCGAGGAGCGAAUCAGCAACAUCAGAACCGUGAAAGCAUUCGCGCAAGAAGAGCGCGAGAUCGGCCGGUACAGCGCGAAGCUGCGGAACGUUCUCGCGCUCUGUUACAAGGAGAGCCUCUACAGAGGCUUAUUCUUCGGCAUGACCGGCCUCUCCGGGAACGCAAUCGCCCUCUCGGUCCUCUACAAUGGCGUAUUCAUGGUGUCGAGCGGCGACAUAACGGUCGGCAGUCUGAGCGCUUUUCUGCUGUACGCGGGCUACGUGGGCAUAUCUCUAAACGGGCUGUCCACGGCGUACAGCGAGCUGAACAAGGCGCUUGGCGCAAACACUCGUCUCUUCGAGCUGAUCAAUCGACAGCCGCUCAUCCCUAUUCAAGGCGGGCAAGUCUUGGACAAGGAGUUGUCGGGCAACGUGGCGUUUCGCGACAUCUUCUUCGCCUAUCCAACGCGCGACACGGUGCCUGUACUGAAAGGCUUCAACUUGAACGUGGAGGAAUGUUCCAUGACGGCCAUCGUGGGGCUCUCGGGCUCUGGCAAGUCCACCGUUGCGUCUCUCUUGCUCAGGCUGUACGAUCCCACGAAAGGAUCGAUACUUUUAGACAAUCACGAUCUCCGUCUGCUCGAUUCCUCGUGGGUGAAGUCGCAGAUCAGCGUGGUGUCUCAGGAGCCGAUUCUGUUCAGCUGCUCGAUACGGGAGAAUAUAUUGUACGGGAUGGAGAGCGCGUCAGACGCCGACGUGCUGGAGGCCGCGCGGCUGGCGCACGUGUUGGAGUUCACGGACAAGAUGACGGAUGGAUUGGACACGAUAGUGGGGGAGAGGGGGAUCGCGCUCAGCGGCGGGCAGCGUCAACGAGUCGCGAUCGCCAGGGCCUUAAUUAAGAAACCAAAGAUCCUAAUACUCGACGAAGCGACCAGUGCCUUAGACGCGGAGAGCGAGUAUUUCGUCCAGGAGGCGUUGGAACGCGCCAUUCGUGGCAGAACGGUGAUAACCAUCGCCCAUAGGCUCAGCACGAUCAAGAACGCUGACAAAAUCGUGGUGCUCGACGGCGGACGGGUGGCGGAGACCGGCUCCUACGUCGAGCUGAUGAGCUUGGAGAACGGUCACUUCAAAAAAUUAGUGAAGCACCAAACGUUCACGUAGAGAAAAAAAAAUGGAGAAAGGAAUCACCGAGCGGAUGACCACUCGUCGAUUCGUUCAAAUGCUCUCUUCUCUUCACGUGUGUCCUUGAAUGUAUUAUAUGUACAUAUUUAUUACUUUUAGGCAUCUCGAACGACUAAUAAAAUUAGUUACCGCUUA